UUCUUCUUCUUGUUCUCUUUGACGUCUGACGUCGGGGUGUUUUUGCACCUGGAUUUUUUUCUGCGCCUUCUGUGACUCAUUUUUCUGGAAUUUUGCGCUAUUUUGGUAUUUUCAUUGAAAAAAGUAUUAUUUUUGUACUUAAAUCCUCUCAAUCCCAGUGAAAUUAUUUGUAAUUCCCACAGACAAAAUGCUGGAUCCAAAUGAGGACACCGAGUGGAAUGAUAUUCUACGAUCCAAGGGUAUCCUUCCGCCCAAGGAGAAGGAAGCAGAAAUCACAGAGGACACCAUUGUGUCAAUGCUGGAGCAGACAAUUGAGCAAAAAGCUGGGAAUUCUGGCAAGAAACUCGAUGAGAUGAAUCUCGAUGAGUUGGAUGAGCUUGAAGAUUCCGAAGAUGAGGCUGUCCUCGAGGAAUUUCGUCGAAAGCGCAUAGCUGAGAUUAAGGAGUUCGCCUCGAGGGCUAAAUACGGAUCAGUUCGAGAAAUCUCUGGGCAGGACUACGUGGAUGAGGUGACAAAGGCCGGGGAGGGUGUAAAUGUUGUGCUGCAUCUCUACAAAGCUGGAAUCCCUCAUUGUUCUCUCAUAAAUGAAUAUAUGACUCAGCUAGCGGCAAAAUUUCCCACAACAAAGUUCCUCCGGGCUGUCUUCUCAACGUGCAUCCCCAAUUUCCCUGAGAAAAAUCUCCCCAGUGUCUUUUGCUACUUUGAGGGGGCAAUCAGGAAACAAUUUCUCGGCUCCCAGGAGUUGCGUGGGAUGAAUCUGACGCUGGAGGAAUUUGAAUAUCUUCUGGGACAAGUUGGUUCCAUUCCCACGGAUAUCACGGAAGAUCCACAUCGUGCAAUUAAAGAUAAAAUGUUCAGUGAUCUUGCGAAUGAUCACAAUGACUGGUAAAGCUCUACAAGACAUGCCCGGAAAGCCCAAAAAUAACUCAAUAAAGCGAAAACAAGCGUUUUUAAAGAA